GACGAAAGAUCGACGAGCACACGAGCGCGACAAGAAAAUGUCGAUUCAAGAACGCAAUCUAUCCGAUAACCUGGUUUCCACCGAAUAUUUUGGUGUUUUAGUGGUCGAUGACGGCUCGCCGAUCGUUACCGACCUUCCCCGGUUCUCCACCGUCACUUCCGAAAUUGCCAACGUCACCACGCCAGUCAUUUCACAAUCGUCGGUUCAAGACAGCCUCCUGGAGAAUCUCAUUAUACCGUUAUACGGUACAAUCUUCUUCCUUUCCAUCGUCGGGAAUUCUUUGGUGCUCAUCACCCUGGCGAGGAACAAACGGAUGCGGACAGUGACAAAUGUCUAUCUGCUAAACUUGGCUGUAUCGGAUCUUCUGCUUGGUGUAUUUUGUAUGCCUUUUACUCUUCUGGGUCAGAUUCUCAAGAAUUUUGUUUUUGGUCUCACAAUGUGCAAGCUCAUACCGUAUUUUCAAGCCGUGUCAGUGUCGGUGGGUGUCUGGACGUUGGUCGCUAUUUCGCUAGAACGCUACUUCGCUAUUUGCCGACCAUUGAAAUCAAGACGAUGGCAGACACAAUUUCACGCUUACAAAAUGAUUGCUGUCGUGUGGACUCUCAGCCUCACGUGGAACGCGCCGAUUCUCGUCGUGUCUCGAUUAAAGAGCUUACGUGGAGGAAGACGCAAAUGUCGCGAAGACUGGCCGAAUGUCGGUACCGAGAGAGCGUACAAUCUUUUCCUGGAUGGCACGCUGCUUCUGAUACCGCUAUUGCUCAUGAGUCUGGCGUAUUCGCUGAUAGCGAUAAAACUUUGGCGUGGUCUGAAGCUCGAGAUACGACAGUCAUCGACAUGCACUAGAAGACUUGAGAGAACGGCGUCUAGCGCGAUAGUUCGAGGCUCAACUUACAACAAUAACAAUGACAGAGAUGCAAGGUCGACGGUGGUAUUUCAUGCUGGCGGUCCAACUUCGAGGUCGCGUCGAGGCUUCUCGUCUUCCGCAAGGCAUUUUCAAGGCACUACCCAAGGUGCAUCAUCUAGGGUGCGGUUACCACGGACGGCGGUCUCCAGGGUGCUUACCGACAAGUGUCACGGUACAGAUUUGUCCCAGGGAUCCAGGAUUCAGAUACGGGCGAACGGAAGCGGCUGCUUAACGCGGGACACGAAGGACGUCGCUAACGAGGAUCAGCAGGACUCGAUCUGUCCGUUCAGCAGACAACACGUGAUACGCAGUAAUUACAUGGGGAAGAGCAUCGAGGCGAAGAAGAAGGUGAUCAGAAUGCUCUUCGUGAUAGUCCUGGAGUUCUUCGUGUGCUGGGCGCCGUUGCACGUGAUCAAUACGUGGUAUCUCUUCGCGCCUGAUCUAGUCUACUCGGUCGUCGGUAGCACCGGUAUCAGCCUGGUGCAGCUAUUGGCCUAUGUAUCCAGCUGCUGCAAUCCCAUCACGUACUGUUUCAUGAACAGAAAAUUUCGCCAGGCGUUCCUCAACCUCUUCGACUGCCACCGUUGCUGGAGGGUAGGUUGCCGGCACAGCGACAUCGCUAUGGCGACCACAGGAAAUGCCGGACAAGCUGGAAAUAACAGCGAAUUAAGCGGAAAUGACUCGACGGUGUAUCUAGGCAGAGCGUCCCUCGUCGCUAGAUCAGAGGUAGUUCGGUUGCUGGAGGAGGAAGAUCGCGUCUAGUAUAGGUCGUGCGGAUUAUGUGACGGGGUGACGGAAUCGAAUAUAUCUCUACCCCAAUCCCGCGAGCAGGAGGAGGAUUUUUUUCUGAAAAUAUCCUGGCGACCGCCCGUCGAUAGGAUCGCUUGUCGUGGAAGCGGUAAGGAACUCUCAUGUGCCGGCACGUCUCAUUGCUCAUCGAGAUCUUCUUGCGUGGACAAUCUCAACUUUCUUUACGAUUAACCGAAGCGAAAUAUAUUAACGUUAUUCUCCGUGAUAUGCGUAUUUUUUGGCCUAACAGGUAUUUCAGAAAUCUCUUUUUAUACUUUUAGUUAAUUCAUAGAGAUUAUAAAACGUAUACAGAAAGGAAAAAAUACUCCUAGGGUCUUGCCGGAUUCCCGUUGAAUGUUUUAUUUUUCUAUUCUACAUCAAAUCGAUCGCAACUGAACUUUUUUGUACAGAUUAGUCAAAUGGAUCAGAUGGAUGAAAGUUUUACAAUGUAAUUACAAAUACGUAAAAUAAUUAAUUUGUUACAAGCAUGUUAUAUCUUAAUAAACUAAUAACUUGUAAAAUUGAGAUUGAUAUUCAUCGAUAAAUCAUGUAUUAAGUGUAUAAUUGUCGAUUGAUACAUUUCUAACAAUGAUAAAAUGCUUUAAAAUAAUGGUUACGAAUAUUUAAAAAAUUGUAAUUUUGCAUCGAUUCUCUUAUCCUUUAGAUAUGAUAAUGAUACGGCACGCGCUAUAAAUCUUUGUGAUGUCGCAAAAAUUACAUUUCCGGAAGAUUAAUAAUUAAUCUGAUUUGGCGAAAUAAUGUUUUGUAUAAAAAAUUGACGAAACGCUUUCGGCACUUUCGCACAGGCAAGCUUAACGCGUAGAGCCAUAAAGUAUAUUUAUUCAGUAAAUGGAGUUUUAUGUGAAAAACAAACACAGUUAUGUCAUUUCAGCUUAACCUCUGCUCAUUUACGUAACUUAUGCUAAUUUCGAGAAAUUUGUAUAUUUGACGUUUGCACACAUAUAUCGAAUCAGAUAUUUUACAAUAAUUGCAGCUUCAAAAUAGACGGCAUUUAAAUUAAUUUCCAUUAAUUUCUUGCGAUGAAUACAGAUACGUUUCAGAGAUACAUAUAUAACGUUUAAAAAUAUUUUUCGAUAAAAUAUAUUAUUCAAUAUAUGAAAGAGAAAAAGAGGAAGAGAGAAUUUAUAUAUAAAUGCCACAUGUUACGCAGUUCACAUAUCUUUCAUAAUACAUAUCUUUGAUACACCUGUUGCGCACGUUUCAUGGACCUGUCAGAGAAUAACCCUUAAAUGAUAACGCGAGAAAUAUACAACCACAUUGCGCGGUCGCUCAAAACCAUACUUGCUGAGUUUUCAGAGCUUUAUUUAUACUAUACUAUACUAUGAUACUUUAAUUUUUUAAUAUGUUAUUAUUCUUGACGAAAUAUUAUUGUUCAUGUAACGUAACUAUUUUCUGUUUAAAUCGGUUACAUAUUGCUGCAUAAAAAUUGUAACAUUCUAAAAAAUUUAUUUUUGAAUCUAUUACACAUACAUUUAAGAAAAUAUUAUCAAUAAAACGCUUUAUUAAUAUAGUUGUUUUUUGUAUAAAUAUAUCAGAUUU